ACGAGCUUUUGCUUCCCUUACCCCCGCGUCUUUCCGGGGGCCUGGGCGUGCCCCGCGCGUGUUUGUGGGAGGCGGAAACGGCUCUGGGGGCUGUCUCCUUGAGAAGGGCCCAAUCCUCGCCCACCAUGUACGCGGGCUUCGAGCUGCAGCCGCAGGACGGCGGUCCCCGGGUGGCCCUGGCGCCCGGCGAGACAGUGAUCGGCCGCGGGCCGCUGCUGGGAAUAACAGACAAGAGAGUAUCCAGAAGACAUGCCAUUCUUGAGGUGGUGGAUGGUCAGCUUCGAAUCAAACCGAUACACACAAAUCCAUGUUUUUAUCAGUCUUCUGAGAGAAGCCAGCUCUUACCAAUGAAGACAAAUCUAUGGUGCUGGUUGAAUCCUGGAGAUAGUUUUUCUUUGUUACUUGACAAAUACAUUUUUCGUGUUUUUUCUACACAUUCUGAAGUGGAAAUGGAAUGUACCUUAAGAAACAGUCAAAUGCUUGAUGAAGAUGAUAUAUUGAAUGAAACACCAAAAUCCCCUGUGAUUAACUUACCAGAUGAGACAACUGGUGCCUCACAGCUGGAAAGAAGCACAGAAAUAACCAUGCCCCUGACUACUAACUUGAGUAGUGUGUCUGUCCUAGGUGAAUGUGGAGAACACAGUAAGCAGCAGCCAAAUCUUGCCCAGAGGAAAAGAAUUCUUCCAGCUUGGAUGUUAGCAGAAAAUUUAAGUGAUCAAAACCUUUCAGCACCAGUCAUGAGUAGAGGUAGGUUUUUGUUUCUGCUGAUGCUGACUGAAUGUGAAAGUUUUUCUGAACAAAACCGUAAACUAUCUCUAUAG